GGUUACUAGAAAACGGCUCUCCGCCUCGCCUGCGCCUCCGUCGGUGCCGCCCAGAAGCGCAAGGAAAACAGCCGCGGUGUGGCAAUGUGGCGGCUUCUCCGCAGCAGCCUCCUGCAGCUCGGCCGUCGGGGCUCUCCCUCCGUGAGUAUCUUCAUCGCCACAGGCGUUCAACCCUGGCUGUGGAUGCGCGCUUCGGAGGAUGGCAGUGGUCCAGAAAGGGACGCGCGUCUUCUUGGCGCCGCGGUGCCAUUGGCUCCGUGCGUCUUUGCGCGACCGAGGGCACCUGGAUCAAGUCAAUCUAGUUCAGCCCCUGGCCAGACAGGUGACACUGAGUCAGACCAUUACAUCGAGUCAGACCAUUCAUCCCCCUAGCUUAGGACAGUAUAUUGCCGGGGUGGGAGAUGAAAUGGCUGCAGCGCUGGUUCUGAAAAGCUGGUGCGCUCCUCCGAGGGCGAGAGGUGCAAAACUUAUUUUUAAGGAGAGUGAGUGCCAAAUGCCAGAACCGAGGGACUUCCGGCUGGCGCAGGCACUUGAUUUCUUCAGUUUUGCCUUGCAGUGUUUCCCCCGCACCUCCCUCUGGUCACCUAUAUGCCAUGCGCAACCAUUAAAGUAAAUCGAAGAGGGAGAAAGUGGGAAGCCCUUCCAGUGAUGCUGCGGAGCAUCUCUACGUGCCCUUUUCAUUAUUUAUUGCCUCAGCACAACUGGUCUUUUUAGGGUAAAGGUAAAGGGACCCCUGACCAUUAGGUCCAGUCGUGGCUGACUCUGGGGUUGUAGCGCUCAUCUCGCUUUACUGGCCGACGGAGCUGGUGUUCAGCUUCCGGGUCACGUGGCCAGCAUGACUAAGCCGCUUCUGGCGAAACUAGAGCAGCGCACGGAAACGCCGUUUACCCUCCCACUGGAGCGGUACCUAUUUAUCUACUUGCACUUUGACGUGCUUUCGAACUGCUAGGUUGGCAGGAGCAGGGACCGAGCAACGGGAGCUCACCCCGUCGCGGGGAUUCGAACCACCGACCUUCUGAUCGGCAAGUCCUAGGCUCUGUGGUUUAAACCACAGUGCCACCCGCGUCCCUUCUUUUUAGGUUAGUGGUUCUAAAAAAAAUUCUCUGGGUCACACCUUCAGAACAAAAAAUGGCUUGCAUCACACUGAUUUAUUAUUAUUAUUAUUAUUGAUAAGAAAUACAUUGGAAAACAAAAGAUACCUACCAGGGUGGAUUGGCAGAUGAAAGCAGUGGUUUUUUUCUUUAAAAAUGUUUAGGAGUACUCUCAUUUUGACUAAAGAAAACCACCAUUUUAUAGUUCAAAUUGCGGAAAAUAAAUUCAGUAAAUGGACAAAAGUACAAAGAUUCACAAAAUGUUUAGGGGUAUGUGUACCCCUGCGUACCCCCAGAAAAAAGCACUGGAUGAAAUUAUUGGACUAUGCAAAGAUGGCUAGAUUAACCGGGAAAAUCAGAAACCAGGAGGAUCAAAACUUCAACAAAGAAUGGGACAAAUGUAUAUUAUAUUUGAAAGACCACUGUAAACACUUGAACUCUUUGGCAGGUUUUAAAUAACUCUUGCAAUGAUACAUAGAUUUUAGAGGACUGUAAAUUGGAUGGACUUAUAAUAUGCAGUUUAAAAGUUACUUAAAGAACCCACGGAUGGGAAGAGGGAAGUCUUGAGAUUUGGAAGAAUCUUGUGUUUAUCCAAAGAGCAUCAGGCUGAUUUAAAUGGGCCUUUAAAAAAAGGUAAAGGGACCCCUGACCAUUAGGUCCAGUUGUGAUCAACUCUGGGGUUGCGGCGCUCAUCUCGCUUUAUUGGCCGAGGGAGCUGGCGUACAGCUUCCGGGUCAUGUGGCCAGCAUGACUAAGCCACUUCUGGCAAACCAGAGCAGCGCACAGAAACACCAUUUACCUUCCCGCUGGAGCAGUACUUAUUUAUCUACUUGCACUUUGACGUGCUUUCGAACUGCUAGGUUGGCAGGAGCAGGGACCAAGCAACGGGGGCUUACCCCAUCGCGGGGAUUCGAACCGCUGACCUUCUGAUUGGCAAGUCCUAGGCUCUGUGGUUUAAACCACAGUGCCACCCGCAUCCCAAAUGGGCCUUUACUACUCCAUAAAUAUGCCUCGGAACAAGAUGUCAGUGGGAUCAACUUUUAAUCUUAACAGCAGAAAGAGUGUUUCCCUAUGUUGCUAUCUGGCCGUUACACAAAUACCUGACUCCUGUAAGCGUUAAGAGCACAAUUUCCCCAUAUCUCGGAUUGCACAAACGUCUGUUUCAUUGCAGAAGAAUAGAGGAUAUUUCUACCUAAAUAAGGGUAUGUUGCUCAUAACGCCAAGGUUGCAGGGUCCCUUCCAGCUCAAGAAUUCUAUGAUUCCAAGCUCUUUUCAUCAGAUUGCUUUAUUGCAGAGAUGAGGAACCUGUGGCCCUCCAGAUGUUGCUUCCAUCAGUCCCAGCAAACAUGGCCAAACUCCAGCUUCCAUAAGUCCCAGCAAGCAUGCCCAACGGUCAGGGAUCAUGGGAGCGGAAGUCAAGCAACAUCUGUACAGCUAUAGGUUCCCAAUCCCUGUGCCAAAGAGUUUUUUCAGGCCCUAAACUGUGCAGUUAAUCGUUUUACAAAUAACGCUUGAAGCUGACGGAGCCAACUUUGCAUGAUACUACGGCAAAUGGGUCAUUUCUUCCUUUCCGUGUUUUAGCUCCUGCCUCCUGGUGCGUUGGGGAGCUUUGGGGUAAGACCCAGAACUGUAUCCUCGAACCAUGCAUAUAGCACAGGCGAGAGGAACGCCACCAAGUCCACUGAGCGCUUUCCGCUACCUAAGGAGGAGGAUUUGCCAAACGAUAUAGCAGAGCUUAUGAAGAGAGAAGAAGCAAAGGUAAGACUGACAUACUGGAAUCACCUUAUAAGACAGCUGAGCACCUAGCAGGCCAACUGGUUCACUCCAUUAGGUUUAGCAUGUCAGAGGCUUGCAAAAUUGAGGCAAAGAAUACUCGGUAGACUUUAUUUAAAAGCUGCCUUAAUCCCAGGUCAGCCAAUUUAUUCGCCUUGUCCUGCAUGGUUUUGCUGAACUGAACUACAACUCACAGCACCCCUGGCCAUGCUUCCUAGGGCUAUGAAAGUUGUAGUUCAGCAACAUCUGGAGGGUCAAAGGUUACCGUAUUUUCCACUCCAUAAGGCGUACUUUUUUCUUCCUAAAAAGUAAGGGGAAAUGUCUGUGCGUCUUAUGGAGCAAAUGCAUGGUCCCUGGAGCUGAAUUGCCCAGGGGCGAAAAGCAGAUCAUGCUUUUUUUGGGGAGAGGAAAGUGGGUGUUGAAACAAAGCCGCCGAUCGGCAAGUGAUCGGGGAGGGAGAUAAGGGACGCUAGCAAUAAAGGAGGCUGCCUGGGAGUGGGGAGGUAAAGACAGCAAACUUGCAAGGAGAGGAGACAGGAAUACUAAAGCAAUGAGGAGAGAAAUUAGAAGAAAAGGAGGAGCAAAAAACUGCUCCAGCUAAGGAAAAGACACUAAGGCAAACAAGAGGGAAGGGAGUGUUGAAAGGAAGCAGCUGAUAGGUAAGGGAUCGGGAGGGAGAUAAGGGACGCUAGCGAUAAAGGAGGCUGCCUGGGAGGGGGGAGGUAAAAGCCCAUGGCUCCUCAGUAUUUUUGCAUUGUGUCACCCCAAAUUCACCAUCAGAUCACAUAGCAUGUCCAUGGCUACAAUCUGCACCAAAAAACACACGCAUCCACUGUUUCGUGGGGCCGCAAUGGUGCAAAAACGUGGUUACAAAGCACGGAUCCACAUGGUUCCUCAGGAUUUUUGCAUUGGGCUACCCCAAACUCACUGUCAAAUCACAUGUCUGUGGCCACAGCAUGAACCACAAAAAUCAUACAUCCAACGUUUCAUUCAGAAUAUUUUUUUCUUGUUUUCCUCCUCUAAAAACUAGGUGCGUCUUAUAGAGCGAAAAAUACGGUAAUUAAGCACAUUAAGCACAGUAAAGCAUCAAGCAUGUUCCCCAUGUCUGGUCUAUUCUGGCUGGUAGCAGCUCUGCAGAGCCUCAGACAGCGGACUCUACCACUGCCUGAUUCUUCUGAGUAGAGAGAUUAGGCUGAGAAAUUAGGAUCUUCUCUGCAAAGCACGUCAGCUGUGGCUCCUCUCCGCUGCUUGGAUGAUUCGGAACGAGAGACUUGGCAUCAGCCUGCAGUUUUCUAGCGAAUGGCCCUUAGCUAACUGUGCCAUAUCUGAGAAUGGAUGGCAUUGUAUAGACUCUUCCCUUAACGGCAAUUUCAAGGUGUCUUGACUAGCUUUCCCCCCCUCGAUUCCUGACAGCGUGGGUUUUUGCCCAACGUGCUCAAGGUGAUGUCUCACCGCCCAGUAGAACUCAGAGCAUUCCUUGCUUAUUUCAGUGCCGUCGUGAACAAGGAGACAGGUAAGCAUGGCGAUCAGACUAUAAUCUUCUUUCCUGUCCCAACAGUCAUAAACCCCCAGUGGCAAUUUUAUUAUCAUCUACUUUUCUAUUUUUAUACCAGUUCUCAUAAAAAAAGAGAAAUCCCAGAGUAGUUCACACCAAAAUAUGCUGGGGUGGGCAUCGGCUCUGUGUGCACUCCAAAUUAUAGGGGAAAUUGGGCCGAUCUGGGGAAGGUCCUCAGGUUCCUGAGUUGCAUCAUACCAUGAACAAGAUGCCUCAAGGUGGACCUGGGGCUCCCUAAGCUUUUAAGGCGCUCUGGGGCUUCAGUUUUCUCCCACCCCCUCAUCAGAAAUGAAACCAAGCUGACUUAGACAACACCCAGAACUUGAGAGGAGGGAAGGAAUGAGGGCAGGAUGGGGCCAGUGCUGUUCACAGCACCCCUGAGCCAGGGCUUUUUUGGCUGUGGCUCCAAUCUGGUGGAACGCUCUGUCACAAGAGACCAGAAGAAGAGGAAGAAGAGUUUGGAUUUGAUAUCCCGCCUUUCACUCCCUUUAAGGAGUCUCAAAGCGGCUAACAUUCUCCUUUCCCUUCCUCCCCCACAACAAACACUCUGUGAGGUGAGUGGGGCUGAGAGACUUCAAAGAAGUGUGACUAGCCCAAGGUCACCCAGCAGCUGCAUGUGGAAGAGCGGGAGACGCGAACCCGGUUCCCCAGAUUACGAGACUACCGCUCUUAACCACUACACCACACUGGCUCCCAGGGCCCUGCGGGACUUGACAUCUUUCUGCAGGGCCUGCAAGACAGAGCUGUUCCACCAGGCCUUUGGCCAGGGCACAGCCUGACUCCCUCCCUCGGCAAUCUUCGCGGAGCUCUGGCCCAAUGGUUGCCAUUAAUCUGAUAUGAACUGGCUUCGGCUGGGGAGGGCGGGAUAUAAAUAAAAAAUUAUUUUUAUUAUUAUUAUUCAAAUCACCCCAGGGUGCUACGGCACACUGGUUGAAAACCUAGGCACUAAAGCAAUUAUAGAACAUAGUAGCAUAGUACCCUCAAACUCAGAUACAGGGUAUAAGCGCAUAAGCCCAGGAUUAAGUGACUCAUUCCCAUGACUAGAUAUAUGAUCCACCCAUGUCUUUCCUCCCACAGGAAACCUUAGCAUGGCUGACAAAGAGCUCAUUAUCGUGGCUACGAGUGUUGCAAACAAGGUUCCCUACUGUGCAAUUGCACACGGUGCCUUACAUCGGAUGUACUCUAAGAAACCAGUGCUGGCAGAUCAGGCGAGAAACCGUAUUUGCUAGUCUUAGUGUGUAUGUGCGCGCUUCACUUCUGUGCUGUUUUAACUAGCAAGCUUCCACUUGCCACCUUGCUUCUGCGCUUGUUCCAGGUUCAGGCAAAAAUCCGGGCUCUGCCUACAGCUUGCAAAAAAGAGAGAGAGAGAAGAAUGAAUUGCAUGGAGGGGACUUGAGUCUGAAUUUGAAUGCUAGUUUAUGCAAAUUAUUCUGGUGAAAUCUUUAUAGUAGGUUUUUUCCUUUUAGUGCAGUGCACUGGAAAUAUGAUUGUAAAUUAGCAUAUACAGUGGUACCUCAGUUUAUGAACUUAGUCCGUUCUUAAACCAAAUCUGUUCUUAAACCAAGGUGCGCUUUCCCUAAUGAGGCCUCCUGCUGCCGGUGCCCUUCCACUGUUCGGCUUCCAUUCGUAGACCGAGGUAAAGUUCACAAACCGGGACACUACUUCCGGUUUUGCGGAGUUCGUAAACCAAAUAGUUCGUAAACAGGACUGUUCGUAAACCGAGGUACCACUGUAUAGCAAUUUAAAAGAAACUUCAAAAGAUUACUGAACAAAAAUUUUGGGAUUAUAAUUUAUUAUAUUCAUAUUUAUACAAACCUAUGAUUAGUUUAUAUUAGCUUUCUGUAACCUGGUGGCCUCCAGAUGUUUUGUAGUGGAACUUCUAUCAUUCCUGAUCAUUGACCAAGCUGGCUGCAGCAGAUGGAAAUUGGAGUCCAUCUAAAAGCAGCAGGUUCGGGAAGACUAUAACAUUACAAUAUGCUGGGCACUUUAUAACUAGAUAAGUGCAUUUAAAAGCCUUAUGCGGCAGUGUUUAAAAAGGCCCUUGCCCAAGGCUAAGAACUGUAUGGAAAAGGUCCGUUUGCUAGGUGCUAAUUCUCAUGCCACAAAGCUGAGGAGUUUGCAUUUGGCAAUAUUCCCUUUUCUGUACAGCCAAGCUGGUUGCAAGUAUAUUGCUCUGCUUUCUUUUGGACGACAUCAGCGAGGCUGAGAUGGUGGGUCUAGUUGUCUGAGCAUCCCUGGACCUCCAUACACACUGCCCAGGUUUGCGUCCUAGGGAGGUCAAAUCACUGCUGCUAACUUAGUGGUUUGACUUCACCCCCGGAGGCGCACUCCAUUGUUUCUUGAGACUGCCGAAUGCCAAAAACCCAAAACAAGAGCAAAGAUUGGGGGAGCACUUUACUUCUUUGCAGCGAUGCAUUGCAGUUCAUAUUCAAGGUCACUCCCUAAUCCUUCUUUUCAGCCCUCGGUCUGUUUGUCACUGGUCUGAUGCUGCCUGUAUAUAUGUCCUUUAUGUCCCACACUUGGCCAUUACGUACCCCAGCAGCUGUGUUUAUGAUUUCCUGCUGCUUUGUUUCUGUGCAGAUCACGGUGAACUGGAAAAUGGCUGACCUAAGUGAUCGUGAGCUAGCCAUGCUCGACUUUGCACUCGCUGUCUGUCGAGCAGAUACCAUCACCAAAGAACACUUUCAGAAGCUGGAGGCACACGGGUUUGACCGAGAAGAUGCCUGGGACAUAGGCGCCAUUUCAGCCUUUUUUGCCAUGGCAAAUCGCAUAGCUCAGUUCACAGAUAUGCAGCCAAACCUAGAAUACUACACCAUGGGAAGGACACUGAGAGAGAAAGAGAAGACCAAAUAGCACCCAAAUCUUUGGGAGGAAAUUGGACUCCAGAUGCUAGGGCCAAAGUUCACUAAUUAGUAAGUGGCGGGUACAAGUUAAAAAUGGCAGGCAAAGAAUCCAAUGAGAAGGGAAAUGUACUUUCUAUUGCAAAAUAGUCCUGAAGUGCUAUUUUUCUAGAAAAAGAGGUGCUGGAACUCCCCAUGAAUGCCUCCCUUGUUCUCUUAUAAUGGCACCCACUUAAGAGGUGCUGGAGCUGAGUUCAGGUGAGUCCGCCCUGAAAAAAGCCCUGCUGAAGAGGAUAGCCCUUUACAAGUACUAUAUAUAAACUAUAUCCCUAUAUAUCUUCUUAGGAACAUUUCCAUCUGCACCAUCUCAAACUCAAAUCAUAAAGAUGUGAAAGGUUUCCCAAGUUAUCUGUUAAGAUUAAUAGGGCGAGCCUACGAAGAGUAAUUACGGAGCCUCUCAUUUCAUCAUCCUGUGUCUUCCAGGAAAUCAAUAUUUAACCCUGGUAUGCUAGGAAGCCAGUGAAAAUAUACAGCUAAAUAAAUAACCAAGAAAGUAAAUCUCUGCAGGUUUAAUGAUGUACUUUGAUCAUUGGAUUCCAUUUCAGACUGGUAAAUAAGUAAGAUAAAAAUGGUCAAGUAU